AUGCUCCUAUAUAAAGACAGGAGAUAUGUGACUUGGACGGUCUGGGCAAAAGGGGAAAGAUACUGUCUUGACUGUUGCGUUGGUUGUUCCCGUUACAUGUUCCCCGUAACUGCACGACUUCUAGCGCGUCCAGUAUUUAGAAGAAUGGUAUCCCAACAAACUGUCACACAGGUCAAAGAACUCAUUGGCGAAAAGCCAAUUUUCGUCGCCUCCAAGACGUACUGUCCUUACUGUAGAGCCACUUUGAAGACACUGUUCAAAGAGUUGGAGAUCCCGGAGUCAGAGGCUGUUGUCUUGCAACUGGACGAGAUGCCCGACGGGCCCGAGAUCCAGGAGGCCCUUUUCGACAUCAACGGCCAAAAGACCGUCCCUAACAUCUACAUCAAGGGGCAGCACAUUGGUGGCAAUGACGAUUUGCAAACUUUGAAGAAAGCGGGCAAAUUGGAAGGCUUGUUGAAGGAGGCUAUUGCCUGA